ACGAUUGAAAAGAGCGGCUUUAUUAAUGCGACGACGUUAUGUUAAGACAAUUUCGUAUCAUGAAAAAUAACAUUUUGCGGUUUUUCUCUAAUGGCCCAAAUCCUUAUCAGCAUUUGCUGAAAUCCAUCAAAAUUGGAUCUAAUCAGUAUAAUUAUUAUGAUGUUACCAAGUUUGACUCAAAAUAUGACAAAUUGCCAUUCUCAAUUCGUGUUCUCCUGGAAAGUGCUGUACGUAAUUGUGAUAAUUUCCAAGUGACAGAAACUGAUGUAGAGAAACUUCUGGAUUGGGAAAAAAAUCAAAAUGUUGCAGAAGGAGUUGAAGUGGCUUUUGUGCCAGCAAGAGUUCUCUUGCAGGACUUCACUGGAGUGCCAGCAGUUGUAGAUUUUGCUGCAAUGAGAGAUGCUGUGAAGAGAUUAGGUAGUGAUCCUGACAAAAUUAAUCCAAUCUGUCCAUCAGAUCUUGUAAUCGACCACUCAAUACAGGUCGAUUUUAAUAGGAGUCCGGAUGCUACAAAGAAAAAUGAAGAAAUGGAAUUUACUAGAAACAAGGAACGUUUUAUGUUUCUUAAAUGGGGCGCAAAGGCGUUCAAAAACAUGUUAAUUGUACCACCUGGAAGCGGUAUUGUCCAUCAAGUGAAUCUGGAGUAUCUGGCAAGAGUGGUAUUUAAUACCAACGGUGUUUUGUACCCGGACAGUUUGGUCGGCACCGAUUCUCACACUACUAUGGUCAAUGGUCUUGGAGUGCUUGGAUGGGGAGUUGGUGGUAUUGAAGCCGAGGCCGUUAUGCUUGGUCAGGCAAUAUCUAUGUUGAUACCAAAGGUUGUUGGAUAUAAAUUAGAGGGAACACUGAGCCAAUACGCUACAUCUACAGAUCUUGUUCUUACGGUCACAAAGAAUCUUCGUCAAGUCGGAGUAGUCGGAAAGUUCGUCGAAUUUUUCGGACCCGGAGUAUCGCAAUUGAGUAUCGCUGAUCGCGCCACUAUAUCCAACAUGUGUCCGGAAUAUGGCGCAACUGUGGGCUUCUUCCCAGUGGAUCAACAGAGUUUAAUGUAUCUGAAGCAAACAGGUCGGUCCGAGGAACAUAUUGACAGAAUUAAAAAAUAUCUUGAAAGCGUGCGUAUGCUGAGGAAUUACAACGACUCAAGUCAGGAUCCAAUCUUCUCCGAAGUGGUCACUCUAGAUUUGAGUACCGUGGUUUCCAGCGUCAGCGGACCCAAGAGACCUCACGAUCGAGUCUCGGUGUCCGACAUGCAGAUAGACUUCAGGAACUGCCUCGUCAACAAGGUAGGUUUCAAAGGUUUUGGUAUAAAUCCAGAAAAUAUUGGUACCACAGCGAAAUUUGAAUACGAAGGAAAGGAGUAUGAGCUAAAGCACGGCUCGGUGGUUAUCGCAGCGAUUACCAGCUGCACGAACACUAGCAAUCCGAGUGUGAUGCUUGGAGCAGGUCUUCUCGCUAAAAGGGCCGUAGAAGCCGGAUUGACUGUCGAUCCGUACAUAAAAACAUCAGUGUCACCUGGAUCCGGAGUUGUUACUUACUAUCUCGAUGAGAGCGGAGUGAUCCCGUACAUGUCGAAAUUGGGAUUUGAUAUUGUGGGUUAUGGCUGUAUGACCUGUAUCGGAAACAGCGGUCCGCUUCCUGAUGUUAUAAGUGAAAAUAUUGAAAAGUAUCAUCUUGUUUGUUGCGGAGUUCUAUCGGGAAAUAGAAAUUUCGAAGGUCGGGUGCAUCCAAACACUCGAGCGAACUAUUUGGCAUCUCCUCUUUUGGUGAUAGCGUACGCUAUCGCUGGCACUGUAGACAUAGAUUUUGAAAAACAGCCACUAGGUCAUAAGUCCGACGGUACUCCGGUAUAUUUGAGAGACAUAUGGCCAACCAGAGCGGAAAUUCAAGCCGUGGAGCAGAAAUACGUCAUUCCAGCCAUGUUUAAAGAAGUGUACAGCAAAAUAGAACGAGGCAGCAGCAAUUGGGCAAAUUUAGUCGCGCCUGAAGGCAAAUUAUAUCCAUGGGACGCUACUUCUACAUAUAUUAAACAUCCGCCUUUCUUCGAAACUUUGGAAAAGGAGAUAUCUCAGAUAAAGCCGAUUACGAAUGCGCGAGUGCUCGUGAAUCUCGGAGAUUCCGUUACGACCGAUCAUAUCAGUCCGGCGGGUAGUAUCGCGCGUAACUCGCCAGCGGCGCGAUAUUUGGCCAGUCGUGGCCUGACACCGAAAGAAUUCAAUUCGUACGGUUCGCGUAGAGGAAAUGACGAUGUGAUGGUGCGAGGUACAUUUGCGAACAUUCGUCUGAUGAACAAAUUCAUUGGCAAACCAGGACCACGUACAAUUCACAUUCCAACUAAAGAGGAAAUGGACGUAUUUGACGCGGCCGAGAAAUACAAAAAGGACGGAACACCUCUGAUCGCUUUGGUCGGCAAGGAAUACGGAUCCGGAUCUUCCAGGGAUUGGGCCGCUAAAGGAACAUACAUGCUCGGUAUUCGAGCGGUCAUAGCGGAAUCAUACGAAAGAAUACACAGGUCCAAUCUUAUAGGUAUGGGCGUCGCCCCGCUGGAGUAUCUUCCCGGCGAGAAUGCGGAGUCUUUAGGAUUAACAGGUUACGAGACCUACGAUAUAGCGAUUCCCGAGAAUAUUCAACCUGGACAACGAGUUACCGUGACUACCGACGACGGCAAGAAGUUCCAAGUUGUCGCUCGAUUCGAUACCGAAGUUGAUUUGACCUUUUAUAAACACGGCGGCAUUCUCAAUUAUAUGAUCAGAACAAUGCUCUGAUCGGAAAAAGAAAAAAAAUCAAUACAAAGCGAUUAUACUUGAGAAGGCUCUACUUAAAAAGAUACUUAAUAUUGGUUCUGGGAUAUAUACGAUUAUAUUCGAAUGCGCAUAAGAGAUAUUGCGACUCGAAAAUGCAAAAAUGUGCAUAAAAGUUUAAUAUAUAUUUUAUACAGGCGUUAGUAAACGCCAGUUUCUUUCUACCAAAACAAUUUUCUUUGACGCGGUAUAAAUAUAUACAUACACGUACUGCGACAAUUAAUAUAAAUUUAUUUUGUACUAGUUUUCUCCCUCAAGAUGCUUUUAUUACAUAUUGAACAUAAUUUUGCACAAGUUUACUUGGAAACAUUCGUAGUUGGAACGCCUCUCAAAGUUUGGCAAGUCAGGCUGGAACUUCUAUCGCGCUUUCUUAAAAAUUGGUUUAAAAAUUCUUUUAUAUUUUAAAUAUCGAAUAAUCGUUACUCUUAUUACAUAUGCAUGGGGAAAGUUAUUUUGCUUGUGUGCAUGUAUCGUGAUAAUAAUAAAACUUGUUGCAGAAA